ACUGCUGGCCUGCCGACCGUCCUCCCUCUCAGCCUUCCAGUUAGGCGAUCUUCGGCUGUCGUGUUGUGGAACACUGGCUAGUUUUACGACUACCACGACGGCCGGUUCUACUGCCACUGGUAGAUUACGACAACGGGUCCCUGGGCUGUGGCGGGCGCAGGGCGUUCAUUGUGGCGCGGGUGCUUGAAAGCGGCUAGCCACCGAUCAGCGUUAGACGGGCGAAAAAAGAAUGGUUUCAGCCGUAGCGAGCACUUUUCCUUCCCUUUUGCUGGACGGAUAAGGAAGUAUUAGUCAGUGGUUGUUGGUAGCCAGCACCAACCAGGCCCCGAGGCAACGGUAGGCGGCGGCGGGCGGCGGCGAACCUACCGGAAGACUGUCUGCCCUCUACUGCUUGGCAGGCGCUUGGUGGUCGCACAGCCUGCGUCUCUUGCUGCUGCUGCUGCUGCUGUAACUCGCUCUCUGUGAAAGCCGUGUGUGUUCAGCUAAGGCCAGCUCUGUGCAACUCUGUUGAAUCAUCAGGGCCUAAAUUUGGCCUGAAAGGGUGGUGCUGUUGUAGUAUGCCCAAAGGAGUACCGACAGAAGUGCACGUUUGGUUCGCCUUCAACUUCACGGGAUAAAUUGACAACGGCAAAAAAAAGUACGAACUCAACAUGGUGAACAAGAAGUGCGCCCGCUGUCUGACGACGGUUUACCCCAUCGAGGAACUUAAAUGCCUCGAUAAGGUAUGGCACAAGCAGUGUUUCAAAUGUCAAGAAUGCGGAAUGACGCUCAGUAUGAACACCUACAAAGGCUUCAAUCGAUUGCCCUACUGUAACGCGCAUGUCCCUCAUGCGACUUACACAACUGUACUCGAUACCCCCGAGGCACGACGUCUAGCCGAGAACACCAAAUUUCAGUCGAACGUCAAGUACCAUGAGGAAUACGAGAAGUCAAAAGGACGCGUCACACAAGUAGCCGAUGAUCCGGAGAUCCUUCGGUUGAGCCAGCAAGCAAAAAUCCUCAGCGAUGUGGCUUAUCAAGGAGAUGCGAGAAAAACAGAUCCGAAGAAACCACUACUCAACGGAGAUAGCGAAUUGGACGUCCCUGGCUUAGACAACUUCUACGAGCCUGUUGGGAACAAAGGAUCUGGGCUCCACCCUAAACUUUAUGAACUUUAUGGCUCAUCCAAUUUAUCAAUUCCCAAGUAUCAGGUGGACGAUAGCGUAAUUUCGUUUGGACCUAAGUUUAACGCAGCAUCGCUUGGUGACUACGAAAUAUACAGUCCUAUGGGUUCUCUUCGUCGCACAAAGUCGUGCAAAGCUCCGUCCAGCAACUAUAACCUGAAUAGCUACAAUCAGGCGUCGCAUCGACCCCCGUCACCCGUUUUAACUUACAACAGCCAAUCAGCCUACUCGCAGCAGAACUCCUACCAGGAGGCACGAGCUCCACUUCAAUCACAGAUGUCCCAGAGUGGGGGUGAGCCGCAAAGUCCUCAGCUUCCCUUCGAAGAUGGCCGAAUGCCCUAUCCUGGACAAAGCCAAUUUGCGGCUGCAUUGAAUGCUCUCAAACAGAACGCUCCAUCACAAUCUUUCGGAUUUGGCAGUUCGCAGCAGCCUAGCCAAUUGGACCAACCGAAGAAAGUCACGCAGCCUGUACCCCAGCAAAACCUAUCCCAGGAGUCCAGACAGCCUUCAGCUCCAGGACAGGUCAAUUCUCAUCAACAGCAAGCGAAUGCCCCCCAGUUUCAACAGCAACAACAAAAGUUUCAAGGCGUCAAGCGACAGCCCCAGCAGCAGCAGCAGCAGCAGCAACAGCAGCAGUCCCGAUACCAGAACGCGUACACGACUAACCUUCACCGGCAGCAGCAGCAGCAGCAACAGCACCAACAUCAGCAGGUCUACUCACAGCCAACCUUAUCCAGCCCUCAGCAAUCGAUAGCCGCCAGGAAGUUCCGGCCGUCACCUCAACACGGCCGUUGUUUCGUGGCGUUAUACGAUUACAUGGCAGGAGACAUCGAUGAAGUGACCUUCUGCGAGGGCGACGUCAUCGUCAACGGAGAACCUAUAGAAGGUGGCUGGAUGAUUGGGACCGUGUUACGCAACGGACAGAGGGGAAUGCUUCCGGCUAAUUACGUUGAGGCGGCCGCUUAGAACGGGAUGAGGCAAAGGUUUUCUCAAUGCUGCGCACAAGCUGCCACCGGUGUCUACAGAAUUAUCAUGUGCAGGACCAGGACACACAGCUUCUCCAGUACGAGUGAUCCACGUGUAAAACUGCAAUCAGCAAAAAACAACGUCAUACAGCUUUUGUAGUUCGCAGCAUUAUUCUCCCUGGGGAACGACCGUUACGAAAUCCGGUUUAGUAGGAAGAGAAGUUUUGACGUCUGAGUGAGUCAUGCAAAAAAAACAUCGAGUGCAACGGUGUCAAAACACAUGGCCACUUCUACAGUAAAUCUAUCUAUAGAUGAUAUAGGCAAGCAAAAGAAAUGUGUUCCGCUACACAUAUUCUCAAUGCAUACACACAUACAUACAGAAACACACAUUUACAGAGACGCACCCACAUACGAAUAUAAUUAUUUUUUACUGAUUGAAAAAUUAAUAAUACAUUUUAUGAAGGAAAAAUUUAUAAGUUAUGCUCCGGUUUAUAAAUAUACCGGUACUAUAAGCACAUCCCUAUUGAAAUCACCUUCUACAGUGGGUCGACAACUUGCAUGCUUGUUGACCCGUAAUUCGGCAAAUUGAUAGUGUAAUUAACCACUAUAUAAACAACGGUUCAUAACAGUCAGUACGUAUCAUGUUGUGGUAUUAUCAAAAUCCUAUUCAGGUUCAGGCGAAGCUGAUACAUAAGCAGCGCUUUCUUGUUAUUAAAUCAAAUAAAACAAAACAUA